GUUUGUUCCACAGACAUAAACACCGUUGUUUUCAUUUCUCCUGCAGUCGUUUGUCCUCAUUACGACAGACAACAGGUGAGAGCGGUGUCUGUGUGAACAAUCAGACGUCAACACUUGAAAGCUCAGCUACCAGUUACGUUGUGACUUGUCCCGGAGUCAACAGAGGAAACAUUCCUCAUCGCUAAGACCUAUAUGAGAAUACCAGACUGGGAAAUUUUAGGAUGUGUUUGACACAGUAAUGACAAACUCCGAAAAAGGCUGAUGGACUUGGGUAGAUGAUCCACUGAGAGGUGGAUGAAUCACAGGAUUUUCACCGCUCUCCUCAGUAAACCAUAUCCUCUUCCCACUGCUGGGGUCAUGUGACCUAGAAAGGAGGGGGACACGAGGGUAGAAAAGAGCUCAGGUGAGACCACCUCCACCACUUAGAACCCCCUGUAGCUGCAGGAGGUGGUCCACUGAUCUGCUCCAUCAUGACUCCUUUCUCCUAAUUUUUCCCCGAUAUUGGAAUGCUUUUCACCAUUCAGGCAGUUUCCCUGCAGGAUUAAACUUGGACUUUUGCUGUUGGACAUUUGUGAAUCGAUAAAAGCUUGGACAUGUUCGGCCCAGGACAAUUGGUCUCCACACUCCUGCCUGCUGUUUUCCAUUCACCUGCAGCCCACUUUUUCCCAGCAUUCCCAACUGGACUGAGCUCUCUCCCACAGAUUCUGAUCCCAGGUCCCUUCGUCACCUAUGAAUCCCUGAGGAGUUACCUGCAGCCGGAGCCAUGCGCGGACGCUCUGCUCUUGGCCACACAGACCGUGCGAAUUGGGGCGCUCUCCGAGGACCUAGAUGAACAGAGGCCAGUGAAGCAGCGUCGAGCGCGGGCCAACUACAGCAGCUGGCAGCUGGAGGAGCUGGAGAAGGCCUUCCAAACCACACACUACCCUGACAUCUUCAUGAGGGAGGCCCUGGCCUUUAGACUGGACCUGAUCGAGGCCAGAGUGCAGGUUUGGUUUCAGAACCGUCGAGCUAAGAUGCGUCGUCAGCUGAAGCUCCAGAGCCAGCUCCCUGCAGAGCCGUAUCUGAAAAAAGACAGUGAUCAAACAUCAGAGAAACUCAGCACAGGUUUGAAAUUAGAGUGUUCAGACCCGAGGCAGUGGGACAGGCAGGAGGAGGAAGAACAUCCUCCAUGGACAAAUGUACGUCAGCAGCCCGAGACCCUGAAGCUAGGUAAGUGGGCAGCGCUCCGGGGGUUGAGUUUGGAGGAGUUGCGCUCCUGCAGUAUUGCUAACCUGAGGUCCAAGGCCCGUGAACAUGAGGCUGGAAUACACACCACUGCAAACAAGUCAGAAUCUGACACUCAGGCACAAACACAGGAAACUGAUGCCCAGCUCUGUGAUUGAUGCGUUUCCUCUUCCUGUUUGUUCAGAUAUAAAAGGAAAAACACAAAGCACUCUAUCUUAUAAUCAACCGUAUGGACUGGUUUUUAUCUUUGCUAACAAAUAAAUCAUUUGAAAAAAAAUAUGUAUACUUAAAAAAUGUAUUAAAAUGUUUCAUCCUAAGGCUACUUUAUUAUUUUAUUUUUAUACUUUUGUAUGUAUUAAAAGAAUGACCCAGAAAAGACCACUCAUUUAUUUUUAACCACUGUUUAGCUGUGCUUCUUGUUGAAGAGAAGAUAAAAAUAUAUAUCUAAAAUUGGUUUGAAAUAAUGACAUACCGCAGCGUCAUUUACGUGGAUGAGUCUAAAACUGUGCUUCAUAGGAUGGGGGCUCAUAUUUAAUACAAAAUUUAAAGAGAGAGGAGGAUACAUGUUUAAAAAUGGUAUCAGCUAAUUAAUCCAACAUGCUAAACCCCCCUGAGCUGCUUAAUGCAGCGUCAAAAUUAAGCACAUUAAAUCACUAAAUUAAGUAGAAAUGCUAAUAAUGUGCCACCAGAGUGGCUUAAUUAAAACAAAUCUAAUACUGUACAUGCAGCGCUCCUUUAUAUGAAUAUACCGUAUAUAUGUGUAUAAGUAGAAAAAUGUAUUUCAAUGGCAUUUUCAACAGUUACUUUUACUCUCCUGUCAAAACUUGCUAAUUUGUCUUUGUCUUGACUAGACAGUAUUACACAGACGUUAGCGGUUCAAUGGCUCCACAUGGAUCAUGCAAAUCUCCUGGUGUAGAACUUGCUAGCUCCAUAGCGGAGCUGUUAGCAUGACUGCCUCAAAUGUGGGAACAAUAACGUUCGAAUCAUUUAUUUAUUUAUCCACACAGUCUAGUGUUUCUAGUGUUCUAGCUACAAAUAGCCAUUCGUAGCUAGCAUUAAAUUGCUACCACGACAUUAGCUAAUUCCACAUUUGCCGUACCAAACAGUAGAAUGAUGUACCCAAUGAAGUGUCCUUUACAUGUAUCUGCUGCUGGAUCACUGUCUUUGGGUGAUGAGGUCCAUC